AUGUCCGGAACAUCAAAGUUAGGAGACAACCUAAGCUCAAACCAUAAAACUAACGAAUUCCCUUUGCCUCCUCCGUCAUUAGAAACCCAAAAUUGCAUGAUGAAGAUGGUGCUCACAGAGCUAAGAGUUCAACGAGGAAUAGCCCUUCCAAUGGUGGCCAUGAAUUUGGCUUGGUUUGCCAAGACAGCCAUCACAACAGCCUUUUUGGGGCGUCUAGGAGAUCUCAGCUUAGCAGGUGGCGCUCUCGGGUUCACUUUUGCUAAUGUCACUGGCUUCUCUGUCCUCAAUGGUCUAUGCGGUGCCAUGGAACCUAUCUGUGGACAGGCUCAUGGUGCUAAAAACUUCAGACUCCUUCACAAGACCCUUCUCAUGACAGUCUUGUUGUUGCUGUUGGUAUCACUUCCCAUUACUUUCUUGUGGCUUAAUGUUGACAAAAUUUUGAUUCAUUUUGGUCAACAAGAAGACAUCUCUGUUGAGGCCAGGACCUAUAUUUCCUAUCUCAUACCCGACUUGUUUGUCAUCUCACUCUUCUGUCCAUUAAAAGCCUACUUGAGCUCUCAAAGCAUAACCCUUCCUACCAUGUUCAGUUCUGCUGCAGCACUAGCUUUCCACAUACCCGUUAACAUUGUACUCUCAAAGACCAUGGGGAUCAGAGGAGUUUCCAUGGCGGUUUGGAUAACUGAUUUUAUUGUUGUUGUUCUGCUGGCCAUUUAUGUUAUAAUUCUUGAAAACAGAAAGGUAAGCAUGUGGAAGGAAGGAGGAUGGUGGGAUCAGAGGAUUGUAGAUUGGAUUAGGUUGCUCAAGCUGUGUGGAUCAUGCUGCCUCAAUACAUGCCUUGAGUGGUGGUGCUAUGAGAUUCUUGUCUUGCUAACUGGCCACUUGACAAAUGCAAAGCAAGCAGUGGGAGUUUUGGCUAUUGUGCUAAACUUCGACUAUUUGCUCUUCUCAGUGAUGCUAUCGCUAGCCACUUGUGUUUCCACCCGUGUCUCAAAUGAACUUGGUGCCAACCAAGCUGGCCUUGCUUAUCGAUCAGCGUGUGUGUCUCUAGCAUUGGGCUUUGUCUCAGGUUGCAUAGGUAGCUUGGUGAUGGUGGCUGCCAGGGGAGUUUGGGGCCCCCUCUUUAGCCAUGAUGGGGGAAUCAUAAAGGGAGUAAAGAAGACAAUGUUGUUGAUGGCUCUGGUGGAAGUGUUCAAUUUUCCAUUGGCAGUUUGUGGGGGCAUAGUUCGAGGGACAGCUCGACCCUGGUUAGGUAUGUAUGCUAAUAUGGGUGGAUUUUAUUUUCUGGCCCUGCCACUGGGUGUUGUUCUUGCAUUCAAGCUACGACUUGGGCUAGUUGGACUCUUCAUUGGACUUCUUACUGGUAUCGUUACCUGCUUGACGCUCCUAUUGGUAUUUAUUGCGCGGAUAAACUGGGUUAACGAAGCUGCCAAGGCCCAAGCACUAGCCAGCAACGAGCAGGUUAAGGAAAUUCCCAAAUUUGACGCAGAAAGAACCAAUUGAGGCGCAUGGAAAUCUUGACGUACUAUAGUUAUAGAAAAAAAUCUCCAUCUAACCAAAUCCAUACGUGUCUCCAAACAUCAGGCCAGAACGAAUAAGACACGGCUCAAUCAUGUACA